CACUUGGGUAUCUUACACACGCACUCACACAGACAUACAUACACAGAGAGAGAGAGAGAUCGAGAGAAAGAGGGGGAUAUAUAUGUGUGUGUGUGUGUGUGUGUGUGUGUGUGUGUGUAUAUAUAUAUAUAUAUAUUUCUUGUGUGCGUGUGUAUGUCACUGAACUCCUCCUAGACGGCUGGACCGAUUUUGAUGAAAUUUUUUGUGUGAGUUCACGGGGAUUCGAGGAUGGUUUAGAUUCACAAUUGGAUAUUUUAUCUCGAUUCUGAGUUAAGAAAAAACUAAAAAGUGUAAUGUGUGUCAUAGAUAUAAAAACUGUUAGUGUCAUUCCUGUAUGUCUGCCGAGCAAUAGCUUUCAAGCUAUUACGUUACGUUUUGCUAUUGUAAGGAACUAAGUAGAGAGUAAGAAAAAAAAAGCUCUUGACAGUUUGUAGUGUCGCCAUAUUUGUUUCAAUUUUCAAUACAGUUUUUGUAUAUUACAAUUUAAAUUGCAGAAAAAAAUCAUGUUUAUUAGACACAUAAAUAGUGAGUGUGCCAUUUCUCUAUGUCCACGAGGUCUCGCCGCGUUAUUUUCUCCUUGGGGCGAACCCGUCCGCUUAAUUAAAUAAACAGCUUUUAUCGUUGAAUGAUUUCAUCAUAUAUUUCAUGAAAAUCUGCUCUCAUAAAAAAGUUAGUUUUAUAGACAUUCAAUAGGUGUCUCUCUCUCUGAAGAUCAAUCUAUGAAUCGUUAUAAAUUUAUUUCCUUUAUUUUUUUAGUUUGAUUUGAUACAAUAUGAUUUCACUAAAAAUCAAUUUCUACCCCUUCCUAUUUUCAUUUCCACAUUACGAAGUUUCACUUCUUCCAUGCGGAGGGACUUCACGCAAUAUUUUUGCAUGCAAUUAAAAACUAUUUUUUAAUGAUGCCAAAGAAGUAUAACUUCUCAUGCGCGUACCUAAGUACACGCACCCAUUUUUUUAAUUUAAUUUCUUCUAUAUAAAAAUUUUUCCUCCCUACCUAGGGCACUCAUAAUUCUUUUAAAUUUCACGUGUAUGUUUUCAAUGUCAUUCGAGUUGUACAAUUUUUUUUUGUCAAAUUGGUCAUUAUUUAUACUUUGUUUCAUUUUGGAAACAUACGUAUUUUAGGUAUUAUGACAAAUAAAAAAAAUUAGUUUCACUAACAUUCUUAGGUUUUUAUUGUUUGGAUAGUUUCAAGUUUAAUAUUAUGUAAGUACAUAAAUUCUUAAACUUAUAAAUUUCUUCGAAAUUUAUUCAUAGGUUGGUAGGGCCUACUAAUAUUUUCUGUUUGUCCAUAUUGUUAUUUUUUUUUACAUUACUUACUUAUUUGCAAGGAGUUUGGUUUAGUGUUUAUAAUUUAUCUGCUGAGCGUCAAGAGUCGUAAGGCUGCUGAGACCGAAGACCAGAAAUAUUUAUCAAUUAUGUAAUAUAUUGUUGAAAAAUUUGAAUUUAACUAUUUGAGGAAAGUUGAUUUUUUUUAUUAAUUAGAAUAGUUACGUGUAAUUGCCAUCUUCCUUUAUUUCAUAUUAAACAUUAUGUUUGGUUGAGUGUGAGAUAAUUUUAUUUAUGUAUGUUUUAAUUUCAUUUAAUUUCUUAUAUAUAUAUUCUUACCUACCUACUUCUAUUAAAUUUCAGGUGGAUGUUAACAUUGUCAUUCCAGUUGUAUAAUUUUUUUGUCAAAUUAGUUGUUAUUUAUACUUUUUGUUUCAUUUUGGACUUUGUUUUUUUUAUACUUAAUUCAAAGAUUUGUGGUGUGUACAGGGAGUGAUGUCUUUAUUAAUUUCUAUACUCCUUUGGAUAAGCGGAAUAUUGCCACCACAGUUUUACAUAUAAAGAAAUCCUACAAAUGUUUUAAACAUUAUGACAAAUAAAUAUAGUUUCACAAACAUCCUUAGUUUUUUUUUGGUGUGUAUAGUUUGAAGUUUAAUAUUAUGUAUGUACGUAAAUUCUUAAACAUAGAGUUAUUUAUUAAUUUAUUUAGAUAAUUAUUCAUAGGUAGGUAAUAAGCUUUCUAUUUGUCAAUAUUGUUAUUAUGGUAGAAGGAGUACAGCAAAUACCUACAUUCUUAUAUUCCUUUAUAUCUCUUUCGAUUUGGAGUGUUUCCGAGCCAUUCGGGGUCCUCAACAUCACCCCCCCCCCCCCCCCAGGUGGUUAAAGCCCCAAAAUUUCGACAAUUUCAGGAAUUUCAACUAUCUAUUCUUUCGAGAUGGAGUGUUCCAAACAAUUCGAGGUCCUGAACAUCCACUGUCCGCAAAAGUGAAAGCCCCAAAAUUUCGAAAUAUAAGAAUAUCUGGGUGAAUCUCAGAUUACGGGAAAUAAUUGGUCUCUAGUGAAUUGCUAAGAGUCCAGGGACAGUUCUACUACUUUUAAUCAAUUUCCUUACAGCUACAGAUGACCUCUAAAUGAGUCGUGUGUGUGUUCUAAGAUUUAUUUCAAAAUAUAAAAAUAUAAAAAUUAAAAACAUUGUAAAAUGUCAUUAGCAUGGCUGUCCCAAAACACAGUAUACAAAGCUGUAGGUUGACUUGUGAACCAAAUUGCUUAAGUUUGAAAGUUAUCUACAGAUUUUUGAAAAAUGUAUACUUUAUUGACUGAUUUCUGAAUAUAAGUUUUAUUUCAGUUUUGAAAAUGCUCAGAGUACUUUGGAUCAAAGUUGGUCCCUAGUGUUUUGUGUCAUUAGCAUGGUCAAAGUUUGUAAGCUCCUGGAAGAUAAAAAAAGGUUUUGUUGUUAUUCUUUUACUGACAAGGAUAUUUAGUUUCCAUUAGGUUGGCAGAACUAACUUGGUUUUGGAGGGAACUACAAGCCUAAGUUGAUGUUAUCAUAUAUUGUGUGGACUUUUUAUGGUGAGUAUGAAAAUUGAUUGUCAUUAGCAUGGAUGUUGUAAUUGCUAUAAGUAGUAAUUAUUAAAAAAUAUUUUUGUUCAGUAUGAUUGUUAUCUAUGUUUACUUCUUCAUGGCUUAGUGAAAGUUUAAUGGGUCUUCAAAUAUUAAUGUGAGGUUAGGUUAAAGUAAACAUUUUCAUUAGCAUGGACAAAUUCAUUGUCAUUGGCAUGGGCAUUUCUGAAAUUGCUGACCAUGCUAAUGACACCAGUCCAUGCUAAUGAAAUAUUUUUCUUUUACAGUUGGAUAGGAUACAUAAUUUCACUAAAACUCGAGUUAUAAACAUCAAGUUAAAUAUUUUGCUUUGAGGUUUUUGUAUAUGUUUGUGUGUUUGUAUAUAUAUGUAUAUGCUUAAAAUUUAGAUUUGUUCAUUUCAAUUUGAAAAUCCAAACUAAGUUUUGAAUGAUACGGAGUACAUUUGUUAUGUUUAUAUGGUUACAGAUUAACUGGUAGUAUGGCUAGAAAGAAAGCUGCAAUGAGUACAGCAGAAAGAUUGAAGAAAAAAAAAGAAUGUGAAAAAAGAAGAAGAGAGAGGCUCAAAAAAGACCCUGAAAAACUCAAAGCUCUCCAAGAAAAGAAACACAAAAUAUACUUGAAAGCAAAAGUUACCGGCAAGGUGAAACUUGUUGCUGAUUUUAAUGAAAGACAAAAAAGACAAAAACGAAAAGAAUGGAGGCAAGCAACUAAAAAAUACAGAAAUAAGAAGAAAGAGGAAGAAGAAAUGCAGGCGUAUUUACAAGAAAAUGUACAAAAUGUGUGUGAUUCAGAAAGAGUCAAUCAAGAAGGUAAUGAAAACAUACCAUGCACAUCGUCAUAUUCUGAAAGAGAAAGAGUCAGCACACAAAAAAAAAAGGGAAGAAAACAAAUUCGACGAAACAAAACAAAAUCUUACCGGCAAAUUAAAAAAUUGGAAGCAGUAAACAGUGCCCUUAUGAAAAAGUACCACAAAUACAAGAAAAGGUAUCAGAGAUUGCUGAAAGGGAAAGAAAAGACUCCAACAUUGACUCCAAAUACAAAAGUGAAGAAAAAUCUCCGCGGAAGAAAAGUGCCUGAUGAUGUUCGCCGUAAACUGGUGUUUGCAGAAGUAAUUACAAAGGAACUGGAAAGCAAAUUUGAUAGCAUUAAAAAAAGUGAAAGAGAGAAACAAAUUUUUACAAAGGUGAUCUCUGGAAGAAUUUAAAAAAAGUAUAGAAUGCUGACUCACACUAAGCAUUUUCUCCCCUUAAAACUGCAUCUUGCAAACAAAGGCGUUCACAUGAAUUAAUUUAUGAAAGGCAAAAGAAAGCAAGUAUUGAAUUUAUGAAGAGGAAGGUAAGUGAUUUUUUAGAACAUGAGGGUAAUUCUACUUUAUGCCCAGGUAAAAAAGAUGUGGUUUCAAGAAAUGGGAAGCAACAGCAGAAACGCUAUUUGAACAACACAUUAAAAAAUCUGCAUGCAAAGUUUCUACAGGCAGAGAACUUCAGGAUCAGCUAUAGUUCAUUCUGUAGAUACAAGCCUUCUUGGAUUGUUCCCAGGAAAGUACAUGAAAGAGAUACGUGCCUCUGUGCUAAGCACGAAAACAUGAAGCUUCUUGUUCAAAAACUACAUUUCUUAGAAAUUAUUAAGGAAAGAAAUAUUGAUGAUUUUUUAAAAGCUCUUACAUGUGAGAAAACUAGUGAAGAAUGUCUAGCCAGAAGGUGCCCGCUUUGUACAAACAAGCAUAUCACAUUCACAGAGAAGGAAUUUGACUUUGACGAACAAACCAAUGUAAAACAAUGGUGUCACAAAAAGGAAAAAGUACUAAGCAACAAAACAAAACAAAUGAUUACCAUUCAGAAAACUACUAAAGAAGAAAUUUCCUGCACAGUCGGUGAAUUAAUUCAAAUGCUAGAAAACAGAAUAGUACCUUUUAUGGAGCACAUUUUGAAUAUCAAACACCAGCUCGAAGUUAUGCGAAAUCUAAAAACUCAUUUAGAUGAUUCACAACUUGUAAUGCACGUUGACUUCUCAGAAAACUAUGCAUGCAAAUAUGCUUCAGAAACCCAAUCUGUUCACUUUGGUGCUUCGAAGGAACAAAUAACAUUACAUACAGGUGUUAUGUAUACUGCUGGUGGUAUCAAGGAAUCAUUUUGCACUCUAUCCAAGUCAUUGAGACACGACCCAUAUGCCAUUGCAGCUCAUCUUACACCCAUUCUUGAUAAGUACUUGAAACAAUUUCCAACUGUUUCCAGAAUUCAUUUCCUUUCAGACAGUCCAAGCACUCAAUAUAGAAAUAAGACCAUGUAUGCUCUGAUAAGCUACUACAUCCCCAAAACAUUUCUGCAAAUAGACUCUAUUACUUGGAACUAUUCCGAGGCAGGGCAUGGGAAGGGAGCACCCGAUGGUGUUGGCGCUGUUUUGAAACGAACUGCUGACCGUAAUGUAGCAGAAGGAAUUGAUAUCAGUGACAUUGACACCCUGGUUGCGAGUUUAGGAGAACAUAUUUCUGGAGUACACGUUCAGGUAGUGCUAGAAGAAAGUAUCAAAGACGUUGAAUUAGUAAUGGAAGAUGUUGAGAUAAUGUCCUUCCCUGGGUCCAUGAAAGUUCACCAAUUGAAGUGGAGCAGAAACUCUUGUAAAGUUCAUUUCCGGAAACUUAGCUGUUUCAUCUGUCAUACUGACAUUUGUUCACAUUAUCAUAUGGGAGUUCUUACUACAAGCACAAUGACAAAAGAUCCUGUACACCUCACAGAUUUUAAAAUUGGAGAUUGGGUACUGGUUACUUAUGAUGGAAAACAGAAUCCAGGUGAAAUAAUCGGUAUUCUUCAGCAUGCAAUAGAAGUGACUGUGAUGUACCCAACAAUUGGAAGGAAGUACAGAUGGCCUGUGCAUAAGGACCAGCACACAUAUGGACUGAGUGACAUUGUGAAGAAGAUAGACAGUCCAACACCAUCUGGCUCAAGAGCUGCUUUCUUUGUUUUUAAAGAUCUCUAGAGCCAAAUGACAUUGUGUGUGAUGUUUAACCUUACCAUAUUGGUGCACUUAAAUUUUUACUUGUUUUCAAAUAACUAUGGCAAAGUGAACUAGGCCUAUAAUUUUAAUGUUUAAAUAUGCAUGUUAGUUUUUUAAGAUAAGAAGUAGACUUUGUAAUUUUUUUCAUAUUUCAAUACCAAAUUAUACAGUUCUAUUAUUAAAAACACUGUUUUCCUUCUAAAUAAGCCUAAUUGUUAUUUAAUAUUAAAAGAAUAAAUUAACAGGUUCCUUUUUUAAUUUCAUUUAUCUAUGUAUUUUAUCUGGACAGAAUUGCCUACUGACUAUCUACACUUUUUGUAUGCUUAAUCAUUUGCAUGGUGUCAUAUGUCAUUAGCAUGGAUGCUUUUGUCAUUAGCAUGGUUGCCUGAAUUUUGAAGUUUUAAAAAAAGUUGAAAUUUUACAUUUUCAGCUCUGCUGACAGGAUACAUCUCUUCAUCUACCUUUGAGUAGUAGCUCAUAAUUUUUUUUUAAUUUUUAAAACUCAUUGUGAAAAUAAAAAAACAGCACAGUAAAAUGGCCUGUAAUCUGAGAUUCACCCAUAUAUAAAUUGGAUGUUGGCAUGUAUGUCGUCGAUAAACUCUUACACCGUUUGACCGAUCGCCAUGAAAGUUGGCACAUCGAAGUGUUUUUAUCAUGGAGAAGGUUUUUAUGCUAACAAUUUUUUUGUAACUCGCCGCUAGAUGGCGCUGUAGCGCAUCAACUUCUAAACCUUUCAACCGAUCGCCAUGGGUAAACAGAAAACCAUAGGUCACAGAUACACAAACAGUAAUUAUGUGUCAUUUCUUAAUGUCCACCACACUGGACAUAUCGCUAUCCAUUUUGCUGUAACUCGCGGACAAUAUAUCACCCGGUGAUCAGCCCGGGCAAAGCCGGGUACUGCAGCUAGUAUAUAUAUUAGGGAUGGGGCGAAUCCUGAUUUCCUCGAAUCCGAAUCCUAACUCAAAUCCUCGACUGGAAUUGCCGAAUCUCGAACCCAAACCCGAAUCUUAUAACAGAUGAUGUCCACAUAUCUAAUGUAAGUGAGAUGUAUUCUGCUUGCACUAAAAGUCCCUUGACUUUAUCACAUGUAGUUUGGUACAUUUCUGGUAUAGCCUAAGUGUGAAUAAAGACAAAAAAUUUUUCUUGUGAAAUUUCAGUUUUAGUACAGAUUAGCGGUUAGAUUUUUUCUAUAAAUAAGCUAGAGGUCUGCGAGCCUAAGAAUUUUACUUCGAGCCGAGCUCGAGCUUUUGUGGUACAGUUACACUUUUGGGAAAUAAUUUUUAUCUUAAACUUAGUAUAAUGUUUGAAUAAAGUAUAAAAAUGAAGUGGGCUUAUUAAUUUUGGGUAACUAUUUACAGUGUGUGUUUACAUUUUGGACUGCUAAAAAAAAAUAACAUUUUUUUCCCAUUGAAUCUUACCUGUUUCCAUUGGUUCAUUAGUAACUGAUAUCAUCCAACUAACAUAACCAAGUAUAUGUUUGUGUAAAUGUAACAUAUCUUGGGAAAAUUUCAUCCUUGUCAAUUUUUCUGGAGUCCUUACUGAGCUUCAACAAACUUAGCACCAAAAAUCAUGUUGUUUGAAAAGUACAUUCACAUUGUUUCAACAUUUCCACUUUUCAGCACAAUAAUUCUGAGAGAGAUUGUCACAGAGUAUUAAAUUCUGUUCUUUAAUCUAUCACGCAGAACAAUAAUUUGUUCUGCACGUUCAGGAGUUAAAUUAGCUCUACGAUUGGAGAUAGUGUUUCCAGCAGAAGAGAAGCGUCUCUCGCUGGCAACCUGCUUGGCUGGAAUGCUUUAGUAAAUUUGCUUAACCUCAAAAUUAGUGUCAUAAAUAUCUGUAACUGGUCAUUAAAGUUUAAUCAAUUGAAAGUAAUAAAAAUAAAAGCAUUUUACUUCAUUCAAUUUACACUUGCAAAAAAAAACAUAACACACAUAAACCUACAUGGAAAUUAAAGUCUUUUUCAAUAUCCUGAAGUCUGAAAUAUGUUUACUCAUGUCAUUAAAUGUAUUGAAGAAGCUGAUUUUGCCAAUAUUUAGUUGAAUCGGCAUUUCUGCCGACUUCCGAUACAGUACGCUUGUUAAUUUUCGGCCGAUAUUACUGAAAAACGAAAGAGACUGCCAUAACCUAAAAAUCCAUGAGUACCAUUUUCACUUUUCGUAGUAGUACUGCAUUCUUUCACAUCGCAUUAUUUCUUAGCAACGUGUGCCAACUGUACAUAUCAAAGUUUAAAAUCCUUUUUUUUUUUCAACAAUGUUCUUUAAUUUAAUAUGUCAUAAAUAAAUAAUACAUUACUAGAGCUGUAGCAAACCGUAUGUAUUCGUUACUGAGUAACGGGUGCGGCAUCUAGUAACGAGUAACGAAACGUUACACACGAAUGCAUUUCGUUACUCGCAUCUUUUGUAUGUUUCACGCAUGCGCGCGCUUAUUCGUUACAAAGAACGAUGUUUGUUUAUUAAUAAAAGUAUAAUUUGGAAAUUCGUCGUCCAAGUUUUUUACUGUUUAUUAAAGGUAUUGUGUGUGUAGACAAAGUUUUAGAUUCGAACAGAAACAACGUAAGAAAGUAUUUUUUACAAAUUAUAAAUAUGUAUGUUUUUGUUUUUUAUAAUCGCGUAUUUUCACGUUUUAUGUUCUAAUCUUAAAAGAUAUAUUAUAAUAAAGCCGCUCUAAUGAGAGUUAAUUGUUUCUUGGUUAACAAAAGCUGUUCAUUAUCAAAUAUUUUUAAUUGUUUAUAUUCGAUUUAUUUUUAUUUACGCGACGUCAUACUGUACGCGUACGAAAUACGACUCGAUUCGAUGCUGUUACAUAAGAUAGCAUGUGCCAUGACAUGCGGUAUCAGAAGUAACGAGUAACGAUACGAAAGUAACGAGUACUAAUUGUUAUAGUAACGAAUACAUACGGGUACACAUUUUUUCGUUACUUUUACACCUCUAUACAUUACUAUCACGGUAAAUAUACAUCUCGGUUGUUACGGUAACUAUAGUGCAAAUAUGGUAGCUAUCUUGCUUCUGUAGUAAUUAUGGUAUUCUACAAAGAAUCUUUAGUUCUUAUUGUGGUAUUUAUCUUAAAAUAACUAUGUAUUGGGUUUGUACUGUAGUUAUGGUACAUCAUCCAUAUUUCUUUGUAUGUUGUUGUUCAUUUGUCUUUUCUUUAUAUUUACGUGAGCCAUUAUUUGAGACAGGAAGUUUCAGAAAACAUGUUAAUGGACUUUAUAUCACACAUUUAAUGGCGUAAAUGAUGCGACCUCGGGCAAUUUAAACGCUUUAUACGGAAAAACCUACCAUGCGGAACCUCGUAAGCGAGUUUUACUGUAUUUUUUUUUCCGUAAAUAGUAAAAAACCGAAUCCUUUGACGAAUCCUAUAUCAGACUCGCCGAAUCUUCGAAUCCCUAGGAUUCGGCGGAUUCGGCGGAUAUUGGAUUCGGUCGCCCCAUCCCUAAUAUAUAUAUAUAUAUAUAGAGAGAGCGAGACAGAGAGAGACAAAGAAACUGAAGAGUCAAAAUGGCUUUCGGUAUCAGUGUCUUUUAGUGGUCGGUGUCACCAAAACGCAAAAGUUUAAUUUGUUCAUACACAACAUUUUCAACCUAGUUUUUGGUAUUUAUACAACACAUCAUGCUUCAAAAUUGCUUAUUUCAUUUGAGACACACAGUUUAGCACGCGUUAAGAAAUUUUGUUACUCUGUAAAUUAAGUUGAUAUGAAAAUAUAGUUAAAGUUAUAGUCAUUGUUGAGACAAGGCCUAACCAAUCAAAGAACUAUAUUCUCAGAGAGAAUGGUCAGCAGGCAGUUUAUGGUCCUUGCCCAAAUCCAACAAAAUACAGUAGAACCUCAUUUUUACAUAUUUCAAGGGACCAGGAAAAAAAUAUGUAAAAACCGGGAAAACGCAAACAGAGGGAAAUGUUCAAAUUUUUUUUAUCAUCUCACUAUAUGGGAAACAAUAAGAAAAUAUAUACCACAUAAGUAAGUCACGAAUAAGGGUUUCCCCCCCUUUUCUUUGAUAACCCAGCGCUCUUAGCCAAUCAGCCCUGCUGCCCUGGGGUCCCCACGGGCGUGGAUGCGGAUACGCCGCAUACACAACCGGGAAGAGCGUUAGAGCUUUUGGCUAUGCAAAGGGACUGAGGCUACCCAUCUCAGUUUAUGCACCACCUCCGGCCCCCUACUCCACUCAGCUCACCAGCAAGUUGGAUGCUCCCAAAGCCCUCUGGAGUCAUCACUUCUGGCGCCUGCCCCAGUCUCCCGCUCUCACACUGGGACCCCUCAAUCACCCAGCGAACCCGCGGUCUAAACAAAUCUCGAUAGGCGACAGCGUAAAUAAAGCAAACAAGCUUGAAAGUGCAGGAAACAAGAAUUUGUUUCUGAUUUUGUUAAUAUGAUGCUGUAGGUUAACAUUCCUUUGUAAAAAGCUGAUCAUCCAGCUAUGAGGGAAUGGUUUAACACCCAUGUUGAAGGUUAGCCUUAUUUAUUUAGAAAUGUUUUCCCCCUCUAAUAAAAGUUCAUAAGCAUAUGUAGGCCUACAAUAUUAUCAAUUAACUUACCUUUAGGCCGAACUUACCUUUACUUCAAAUAAAUAUGCAAGUACCUCAGAUUAACAAACACUUAAAUAGGAUGGAUUGCAUUGUGAAAUGGUGAGCACACCACAAGAUAUUUUUGACUGAUUGAUGGUUUGACUCUGUAAUCCAGCAGUAAUCUUGAAAAGGUUAGGUUAGGUUUGGCUUGGCAUAGAAUUGUUUUGAGUAAAUUAGCCCAUUAAUAUUUUCAGUGAUAACCUUAUAAAUGCUACCUAUUUAUAAGUAUAUUGUAAGUUAUGUAUACAUUUAAGGUGCAGGGGAUUUGCCAUCAGCCAACACUCUUGGAGAAACUUAUGUCCCAAAAAUUGGCCAGGCAAAUAAGGAAGCAGUAAGGCACGCUGUAGAAGACAAACAGAUUGUAUUCUUGUGUGAUGAAACGACAGACAAAGUGGGCAGAUGUAAGGCAGAGUCUGCUACUUUGUAGUGCCUAUACGCUAUGAGGUUUUUUUUACACCGCCAAUGGCAUAAUUUUUUCACCAUUUUUUAGGGUCUCUACCAAUUGCUUAUUUUUACACCAAUUUUUUGCACGGCUUGCUUAUUUUUACACCGAUUUUUUGCACCGCUUUUGUCAUUUUUUUACACCGAAAUGAGCCAGUUUUAUUUACCAUUUUCUGGGGUCCCUAUCUAUAGUCCUUUAUAUCUAUGUAUCUCUCUAUCUGUAUUUAUCUCUUUAUAUCUACAUAUAUACCUCACACUAUCUCUAUGUAUUCUAUAUGAGGGUACUGAUUGCUUCUUUGUUAAUAUCACACGGGUGUUUUUUACUUGUAUGGGAAAAUUAACAAUGAUAAGGCAUUUAGUGCGUGGCAACUUCUAGCGCCUGCGGCAUCGUCAACACACACUUCGUACGUGUACUGCAUGUUGUAUCUAACCCCCUCCAACGCAUUUGAUUCUAAAUUGGACUUUUAGUAAGGAUCCCUAAUGUUAUUGAUAAUAUAAUAUAGCCUAUAUCCUUCCUCGAUAAAUGUACUAUCCAACACUGAAAUAAUUUUUCAAAUCGUACCAGUGGUUCCUGAGAUUAGCGCGUUCAAACAAACAAACUCUUCAGCUUUAUAAUAUUUCAUGACGCAUAAGCCCACCCCUCCCUCCCCUCUCGUUAACAUUCUUCAAGGCUAGCUCAUCCCUCCCAGACACACAAACCAUCUAGUGUCCCUUAUAACACCCCAACUUCGCUCCCCUUUGAAAAACCUUGACGUCAGCCGGGGCUUCGCCCCACGAGCCUGAUCAUCCUCCGUUCCCUUUCCCACCACCUUUCCUACCCGGCAUUUGUGUCGUGACGUACGUAACCGUGUGAGAUUCAAACUGCGCGCCACGAACUACAGCAAGAGGGCGCUUAGCUGCAGUGCGCCGCACCCCUAAUAUAUAUUAAUUAAUAUUGUAAUCCUUUUCUUUUCGCCCCAAAAUAGUGUCACGACGGCUAUGCAUGUGAGUGUCUUUUGUUUAAUUAAAUCAUGAUGUUUUGUAAUUUAAUACGUGCAAACACGGACAAGGACGCUCCCUAGCGGGCGGCGGAGGAACUAGCACGUAACUUGAUUUAAACUGUUUUCUAUCAUAUAAGUAAUUAUUACAGACGGUCUGGGUAUGGAUGUGAUGUGCUGAUUUUUGUAAAGAGUUUAUGUAAUUUUCAAUACUAACCCGGGGCACGCAAUAGAUAAGUUGUUAACGGUAAUUGUGUUUGGCGCGAAGGGCGCCAUGUUGCCUUCCGCAAGCCCUGAUCUCUGCCCAGUCUCCUUCAGCCGGCCGAGAGCGGACGUCUCUGCAGACACCCCGAGGACAUCACUGUUGUUUCACCGAGAAGUAGUUCUGUUAAUUAAUUUAUUCAAAUCGUUUUCUUUUUAUCCUUCGGGGCCUCUCUCGGUCGGAAAAACUGCUUAAUUAAUAAUUAUUUACUCACCGGAGUUUUCUAUCAUCUGUGUAUUAAGUAAUGGCUUGAGGCGACCAUGUGCGUGGUUCGCCUCCUCACCUAAUUCGAUUCGUGCCUCGGGCGUUUUAUAACAGUAUCAAGGGAGGAUUGUGUAAGGGCGUGUAACGUGAGUAAUAAAAACCAACUUAAUUGAGUCACGUGUCUUUGUGUUCGGGGGGGCCACAUGGGUCCUUAACCUGGUCAGCGGCGUGUGGGACGCUCUGAGAGCCCACUGCGGUAAUUAGAAGCGUGCCCGACGCUGAGAGCGGGCUUAGUUAGGGACAGGCGUUGCGUUAAAAGUCAGGAGGGCUAAUAUCUCGCCGCACACGGGCCACGUAACGCCCUGCGUUAGAGUUUCCAGCCGGGUCCACGUGCCCACUCACGUGGUGGCGCCCAUUAAUUUCCACCAAUAUUCCAACCUCAAAAACCGGUACGCCCUCAACCUUCAGUGAGAAAAUGCUCAUUUCACCCUCCCUUCUCCCGUAAAAUUGGGCUAUUAUGAAUGGGGUACUAAAGCGGCGAGGGAGGGGUCAAAAUAUGUCACUUUUCACACCAAGUUCGAGUUAAGUCAUCUCUGGCAAGGAAUUUACAAGCUUUCAAACUUAAAUAAAUGUAUUUUAAUAGCAAGGGUCCUAUGAAAAGGAAUAUACCUAAUAGAAUCAAGCUGCUGUCACCAAACAAAGCAUAAAACGGCCCAAUGCGUGGUCGCUUCGUUAUUGCUCGCGCGAGAGUUGAGACGUGGAAUGUUAGAAGAAAGAUAAAUGCGAGGGAGACAGACGGCAGCCAGUGUGUUUCCUGCGUGGGGAAUAUGUGGCGUAGCCUUUUUUUUAUGCUGGGUGAAGUGACUUUUUUCUGUCAACCCACGGGAAAAGAUAAUUGCUUGAGCUGUCAAAAUAAACAUCGCUGCGGCAGUUAAAACAAGUCGAUGCGGGCGUGAUCCAGUCGGUUGCUGUGUAUUGUCAACCGAUAGUAAUCAAAAUCAAGAGAAAUUCAACAGGUAGCUUUCUUUGCCUUAACUGCAUACCACACUAGACACUCGCAAAAAGCUGAACGUAAACACGUUGCUACAAAAACCUUUAUCUGCACCCUGCCGGCAAAGGGACAUGGAAUGGGGGUUGUUAAGCGCUGACAGUGGUCGUAAACACGUUGCCACUAAAACCUUUAUCUGCACCCUGCUGGCAAAGGGACGUGGAAUGGGGGUUGUCAAGCGCUGACAGCGGUCGACAGGAAGUGGUAUAUAUUUUUAGAUAUGCGCUGCCUACGGCAGUACAGCACUCGGCAAGAGAAACGCAGUAACACACUACUCAUCACAAGAAACUUAUUUUCUGCCCGAUUUUCUUUGGAUUUUCGGCAAUUUUUCACGGUUCCUCGAAAUCGGGUUGUAAUAGAGAGGUGGUCGCAAUAAAUGGGGUCGCAACAAAAAGGUUUUACUGUAUAUUUACACAUCAAAUCUUCAAAAUGUGGGGAAUGUUAAUAGGAUAGGAAUGAAAAAAAAAAAAAAAAUAGACCUAGUAAACUUAUGACUCGUCAGUGUUGAAUUCUUAGUUUACUACAUUUUCUUAAAAAAUUUUCUCAAAUAUUUUUUUUCCCCUUUAAUGUGAUAUGUUUAGAAUACUGAGUAUUGAACUGCAUGCUUGGCCCAUCGCAGGUGUGUGUGUGUGUGUGGC